AUGAAGCUCUUCUUCGUUAAACGCGGUAGCUGCUCUUUGGCUUGUUUAAAUCCCGAAAACUCCAUCAAAUACCCAUCGGAUAUAUAUUUCCAAAUCCUCCAAUUUUGCAGGUCAGCUCAACUGUUCCCUGCAAUGCAUCUCUUAAACACUCUACAUGUUCCUACCCAAACAACCCCUUCCAAUAAACCAUUACUAUAUGCUUCCCUAUUGCAAACUUGCACAAAUGUUCAAGCUUUCCUUCACGGGCUUCAAUUCCAUGCCCACGUGAUUAAAUCUGGUCUCGAGACGGAUCGUUUUGUGGGUAAUAGUUUGCUUGCUCUGUAUUUUAAGUUGGGUCCUGAUUUAAGAGAUACUCGGAGAGUUUUCGAUGGUUUGUUUGUUAAAGAUGUUAUUUCGUGGACUUCAAUGGUUUCUGGGUAUAUUAAAGCGGGUAAACCUGAGUGUUCCCUUGAAUUGUUUUCGGAAAUGGUGGGUUUGGGAGUUGAGCCGAAUGCCUUCACCAUAUCUUCUAUAAUCAAGGUGUGUUCGAUUCUUGGGAAGUCGAGGCUGGGAUGGUGCUUACAUGGGGUGGUUAUAAAAAGUGGUUUUGACUCAAAUCGUGUGGUUUCGUGUGCGUUGAUUGAUUUUUAUGGGAGGAAUUGGCAGCCGAAUGAAGCGUGCCAGUUGUUCGAUGAAUUGCCUGACCCGGAUGCUAUUUGUUGGACUUCUAUUAUUUCUGCUCUCACGAGGAACGAUUUGCAUGCAGAAGCAUUGCGGUUCUUUUAUUUUAUGCAAAGGAAUAAUGGGUUGAGCCCUGAUGGAUUUACAUUCGGGACGGUAUUGACAGCUUGUGGGAAUUUAGGGAGGUCGAGACAAGGGAAGCAAGUGCAUGCUAAGGUCAUUACCUAUGGACUUUGUGGAAAUGUGGUUGUUGAGAGCAGUCUUCUCGACAUGUACGGAAAGUGUCGACUGGUUGAUGAGUCUUGGCGCGUUUUCCAUAGGAUGUCGAAAAGGAAUUCAGUUUCUUGGUCUGCAUUGCUUGGUGUUUACUGUCACAAUAAAGACUACGAAUCUGUCAUUAGAGUAUUCAGGGAAAUGGAUGAAUCUGAUCUCUAUUGUUUUGGAACUAUUCUCCGUGCGUGUGCAGGUUUGGCCGCUGUAAGACAAGGGAAAGAAAUUCACUGCCAGUAUGUGAGAAGGGGUGGUUGGAGAGAUGUUGUUGUAGAGUCGGCCUUAGUCGAUCUCUACGCAAAAUGUGGUUGUAUUGAUUUUGCACAUCAGAUCUUUGUGCAGAUGUCUAAUAGAAAUCUGAUAACAUGGAACUCGAUGAUCUACGGGUUUGCUCAGAAUGGAAGAGGUGAGGAAGCUCUAAGUAUAUUUGAUGAGAUGAUCAAGGAGGGCAUUAAGCCUGACCAUAUUAGUUUCAUCGGUGUUCUUUUUGCUUGCAGUCAUUCUGGCUUGGUAGAUCAAGGCCGACAUUAUUUUAACUUAAUGACCGGUGAAUACGGGAUUAAACCCGGAAUCGAACAUUACAAUUGCAUGGUUGACCUCUUGGGUCGCGCUGAAUUACUUGAAGAAGCUGAAAACUUGAUAGAGAGUGCAUGGUGUAGAGAUGAUUCAUCCGUUUGGGCUGUUCUUCUUGGCUCUUGCACAACCAGUGCAAGUUCCAGUACCGCAGAGCGGAUUGGUCAGAAAAUGAUUGAACUAGAUCCCGACAAUCAUAUGAAUUACGUUCUCCUAGCGAAUACUUAUAGAGCAGUUGGAAGAUGGAACGAUGCUAUAAAGGUUAGGAAGCUAAUGGAAGACAGAGGAGUGAAGAAGAUUAAGGGCACAAGCUGGGUUGAGACAACCAGUAAAAUGGAUUCUUACCUUGAUGUGGCUGGUACGGAUAUGCCUUGAAGAUAACAAUGUUCUGUGCUCAAGGGAUCUCAUCCCAUGGUGAGAACUAAUCAGUGCGGGUCAAUUUAAACUGGUUCAAAGUUCAUGAAAUCGGGAAUGUAU